AAAGGACUAGUUAAUAAAGCUCAUUUCAUCAACUCAAAUGCAGUUCUCAAGAGACCGAUAAUUCUCCGUUCUUGUUCAUUGAGGUUUGGGUGAAUAAGAAACUAAUGACCUUGGGAAACGCACCAAUUUGGUGUACGCUGCACCUUUGUUAUGUGGGAGGAGGUUUUACUGUGUCUGUUCUCUUCAGCGAUUUACUUUAAUUCGUUGGGUUGUGGAUUCGUCUUUGAUGAUGUAUCUGCUAUUAGAGACAAUCAAGAUUUACGUCCGUCUACAAGUUUAUCGGAGCUUUUCAAAAAUGAUUUCUGGGGGACUCCUAUGAAUGAGGAAAGAAGCCAUAAGUCAUAUAGGCCGUUCACUGUCCUUACGUUUAGAGUUAACUUUUUGUUCCACGAGCUUAGCCCCUCAGGAUACCAUGCCACUAACAUCGUCCUUCAUUCUGUAGUCGUGUUUUUGUUUUUCAAAUUGUGUUUGUGCUAUUUGCAGAAAGAAUCAGCGUUUUUCAGCUCCAUUUUAUUCUCUGCACAUCCUGUUCACACGGAAGCUGUUACUGGAGUUGUAGGAAGAGCUGAACUUUUGUCCUCAGUUUUUUUCUUAUCUGCCUUGCUGCUUUACCUAAAAGCUUCGAAUGCUUCUACACUAAGUUUUUGGGUGAAUCUGAUUAACUCACUCACAGUGGGCUUUUUAAUAUGUAUAGGAACACUUUGCAAGGAACAGUGUAUCACUGUCUUCGGGAUUUUUAUCGCUUACGAACUUUAUGCCGUUUAUCAAAAAAUUUUAUCAACUGAACAUGACUUCUCGUCUAAUAGUUUCAAAAACGCCAAUUACCAAAAAGACAAAACUUUCAAAGAUAUAAUUUCAUCUGCUUAUAAACAAAUUCAAUUUAAGUUGUUUUCACCAGCGUGGUUUUCAUGUGCACCUGUCUACAGGAUGUUCAUUCUUCUAGUGUUUUUCAUUGCCGUAUUGAUUGCACGUAUUAAAAUAAUGGCUGGACAGUUGCCACAUUUUACAGAGUUUGAUAAUCCAGCUUCUCAUGCACCUCCACUGACUCGUCGCCUUACUCAUCUUUACCUGGUUCCCGUUAAUCUAGGCUUAUUAAUAUUCCCUUCUAAUCUAUGCGCUGAUUGGACUUUGGGAAGUCUAAAACUUAUUCAAGGCUGGGCAGAUCCACGUAAUAUUUUGACGCUGAUGGCCUUCAGUUUCAUCUUAUUGCUAGUUUUCAUUACUGUUAACUGGAAAACACCUUUACAUCAAAGUCGAGCUGUAUGUAUGGCUCUGAGUUUGUUGGUAUUUCCCUUUAUACCAGCCAGUAAUUUGUUUUUUCCUGUUGGUUUCGUUGUUGCCGAGCGUGUUUUAUACACACCAAGUUUGGGCUUUUGUCUACUUAUUGGUUUGGGUUUUGAAAAUCUACUUGGUCUUAAGUUUGUUCAAACAAAAACUAUGACAAAUUCAAAAUCAUUUGAAGUAAAGAAAUUUUGCAGCUUUAAAAAUGGUCUUCGCUCUCGGAAAUAUCUUCGAAUUUCAAUGGGACUAAUCAUUAUCGCAUUUGUUUGUAAGACUGUUAGACGCAAUACAGACUGGUCUAACGAAUACAAUCUGUUUACAUCAGCGUUAAAAGUAAAUCCUAACAAUGCCAAAAUGUGGAAUAAUGUAGGGCAUUCUUUGGAAGCUGAAGGAAAAUACUCAGAAGCACUUGGUUACUUUAGGAAAGCUGUCAAUGUUCAACCAAAUGAUAUGGGCGCUCGAAUCAAUGUUGGCCGCACAUAUGUAAACCUGGGAAUGCCAGAUAAAGCAGAAGAAGCGUAUUACGGAGCACUGGAAUAUUUCCCUAAACCAAAGAAAGGUCAAACUUAUUAUGCUCGUGUUUCUCCCAAAGAUCUAAUGGUUUUCAUCAAUCUUGCCAAUUUAUACAUCAAUAAAUCACCCCCAAGGCUUGAGGAUGCUGCUGCUCUUCUUCGCCGAGCUAUUUCACUGAGAUCUGAUUUUGUGGACGCAUACCAAAACUAUGGUAGUGUACUUAUCAAGUUAGGAAGGUAUAAAGAAGCUGAGGAAGCGUAUAGAAAUGCUUUAUCGUACCAACCGAAAAGCCCAGACUUAAAUUACAACUUGGGAGUCGUUCUCUUAGAGUCUCAUAAGAAAUCCGAGGGUUUGUCUUAUUUAAACACUGCCUUAACUUACAAUCCACAACAUGAGCCUUCCCUGUUUGCCGUUGCAUCAACUCUUGGUGAAUCAGCUAAUCCUGAUGACCAGCUAAGAGCGAUAAACAUCUAUGAACAUCUUCUCAAACAAAAUUUCGAACCGAUCAAAGUACAUUUCGCCUUGGGUAUGUUACAAACCGAUAAAAAGAAUUAUAUCAAAGCAUCUAAACAUUAUCAAGAUGUUAUUCUUCUGGAUUCUGAUCAUAAAGGUUCGUUAUUUAACCUAGCUCUACUUUAUCGAAAUCAUCUUGGAAAACUAGAUGACGCAAGGAAUCUCGCACUUCAUCUCAUCAAAGUUCAUCCUUCACAUAUAAAGUCUUAUUUACUUCUCGGAGAUAUAGAGUUAACUGAAAAAGCGAACAUAAAACUAGCAAAGCAAUAUUUUGAAGAAGCGCUGAAAUUGGACCCAAAGAACAUUCAGGCAAAACAUAACCUUUGUGUUGCUUUGGCAGAUGAAGAUAAGCUAGAACAAUCAGAAUCAUGCCUUUUAGAAGCUAUAGCCAUGGAACCGAAGCCUCAAAACCAUUUACUGCAACAUCUAGAAAUUAUACGUGGACGUCUGCAUUCUCGUGGAAGACAUACAUAUGCCAAGUUAAAGAAUGUUAACUAA